AAAUUUGGAGUUGUCAUUAUUUAUAGGGUAUUAUGUUAUUAAUUUUCUGGUCCGGCCCACUGCAGAUCAAAUUUAGCUGCAUAUGGCCCCUGAACGAAAAUGAGUUUAACACCCCUGCUUUACGGCUUCACUUUACUGUUUGUGAUCAGCUUUUCUAGUUUUAAAAAACCUGACGCAUCUGAGAAGGAAAUCGGACUGAACAAAGAGAGAUUUGAGCAGCUCCUGGAAACCCUGUCCUCCAUCUCCAGACAGCUGAGAGUCCAACUGCAGAGGAAGACCCUCCUGUUAGACUUAACCCCCGUGGUGAUUGACAGGCAGACAUGUCACGGUCAGAUUACUGUGACCUCAGAUGGGCGGGGCCUGUUCUUCUCCGACUCCGUCCGUUCAGCUCCAGAGAAUCCCCUUCAGUUUGACCGGGUGUGCUGUGCUCUGGGUUCGUCUCCGGUUGCAGCCGGUCAGAGUUACUGGGAAGUGGACGUACGCUGCUGCUCCACCUGGGCAGUGGGCGUGGCCUAUGGCAGCAUGGAGAGGAAGGGCAAGGACAAGGGCUCCAAACUGGGCCGAAACAGGAACUCUUGGUGUGUGGAGCUGCGGAAUGGACAGCUCUCUGCCUGGCAUAAUGACCGGCAUGUGGCGUGCCAGGGCUUAGGACAAACGUUGCUGGAAAGAGUGGGAGUAUGGGUAAAUUACGACAAGGGGCAGCUGAUGUUUUACGAUGUGGAGACCAUGUGUCUGUUGCAGAGGUUUUCUGCAGCUCUGACGCCAGUGUUCGACAGGGCUCAUCACCAGUUCACCGAGCCCCUUUACCCCGCCAUACGCUUCCUCAGACCAGAGACCCAGAUGUGGCCCAACCACAUGGAGCUGUGUCAGUACUAAUGAUCGUAUGUGAAGUAUUUCCAUCAGUGUACAGCAGUGGCGAUUUCUCAUAGACUGCAAGGGAAGCCUGGCUUCCCCUAAAAUCACGAAAAUUAAAUGGUUAAAUAUGUACGGUUGUGUUGACAUUUCAUUGACUACAAAUGUGUUAGAACACAU